AAAAAAGCUCUUAUAAAAAACUAAGCCAUGAUUGAAAACAUUCCAAUAACUUUUACAGAGGACUGCAAGAACGAUCAAGAAGCAAGAAAGACGUUUCAGAAGAACAAACGUCUUCUUCUUGUUCUUCUUCUUCCUCCUCUUCUUUUUUUUGUUUUCAUUACGACGAGAAAAUUUGAGUUCGUGAUCGCUUGAACAACCAUCAUCAUCAUCUAGAGCCCCAAAAAAGAAGAAGCUGCGGGCCGGUUAUUUUGGUUAAUUAGUCUAAAUCCAUGGCAGGAGGGGCAUUUAUAGACGAGAGUGGCCAUGGAGGAGACUACGAAGGUCGUGUAACCGCGUUUGUCAUGAUAACCUGCAUUGUAGCUGCAAUGGGUGGUCUCCUCUUUGGUUACGACAUUGGUAUCUCAGGAGGAGUGAUAUCAAUGGAGGACUUUCUAACGAAAUUCUUCCCUGACGUGCUUCGUCAAAUGCAAAACAAAAGAGGGCGUGAAACAGAAUAUUGUAAAUAUGACAAUGAGCUUCUUACUCUCUUCACUUCCUCUCUUUACCUCGCUGCUUUGUUCGCUUCUUUCCUUGCCUCCACCAUUACAAGGCUUUUUGGCCGGAAGGUCUCAAUGGUUAUCGGGUCUCUCGCUUUUCUCUCUGGAGCUCUUCUCAACGGUUUAGCUAUCAACCUCGAGAUGUUGAUCAUCGGGCGGUUAUUUCUCGGUGUAGGUGUCGGAUUCGCUAACCAAUCUGUUCCUCUUUACCUCUCUGAGAUGGCUCCUGCUAAGAUCAGAGGAGCUCUCAACAUUGGUUUUCAAUUAGCAAUCACGAUCGGGAUCUUAGCCGCGAACAUUGUCAAUUACGUGACCCCAAAGCUCCAGAACGGGAUCGGAUGGAGAUUAUCUCUCGGUUUAGCUGGAGUUCCGGCCGUUAUGAUGCUUGUCGGAUGCUUUUUCUUGCCAGAUACGCCAAACUCAAUCCUUGAACGUGGAAACAAAGAAAAGGCUAAGGAGAUGCUGCAGAAGAUCAGAGGAACCAUGGAGGUUGAGCAUGAGUUUAAUGAACUUUGCAACGCGUGUGAAGCCGCGAAGAAAGUUAAGCAUCCAUGGACGAACAUAAUGCAAGCUCGUUAUCGACCGCAGCUCACGUUUUGUACCUUCAUCCCAUUCUUCCAGCAGCUAACCGGGAUCAAUGUCAUUAUGUUCUAUGCACCUGUUCUGUUUAAGACCAUCGGUUUUGGAAAUGACGCCUCUCUCAUAUCCGCAGUUAUCACCGGUCUUGUCAAUGUCCUUUCCACCAUUGUCUCCAUCUACUCCGUUGACAAAUUCGGACGAAGAGCUUUGUUUCUUCAAGGUGGUUUUCAGAUGAUCGUGACCCAGAUCGCGGUCGGGUCGAUGAUCGGAUGGAAAUUUGGAUUCAACGGGGAAGGAAAUUUGUCAGGGGUUGAUGCGGAUAUAAUCUUGGCACUGAUAUGUCUCUAUGUGGCGGGUUUCGCGUGGUCAUGGGGACCGUUGGGAUGGUUAGUGCCGAGUGAGAUAUGUCCAUUGGAAAUUAGAUCAGCAGGACAAUCGUUAAACGUUUCGGUGAACAUGUUCUUUACAUUCUUCAUUGGACAAUUCUUCUUGACGAUGCUUUGCCAUAUGAAGUUUGGUUUGUUCUAUUUCUUCGCGGGUAUGGUCUUGAUCAUGACCAUUUUCAUUUACUUCUUGUUGCCGGAGACAAAAGGUGUUCCGAUUGAGGAGAUGGGGAAAGUGUGGAAAGAGCAUAGAUAUUGGGGGAAAUAUAGUAAUAAUGAUGAUGGUGAUGAUGUUGAUGAUGAUGCUUAUUUUUAGUUGAUGAUUAUUUGGGAUUUAAGGAUAUGUUAGGAUUAAAAACUUAUUAUUGAGAAAAUGCUUAUACUGACCAAUGUGAGAAAAUAAAAAUGAGGAUAUAAUAAACAAGUGUACAUAAUUUGAGGAUUUAUGACCGUACUUAAAAUUACUCGAAACUUCUUGAACUAAAAAUAAUAUAAAUUUUUUGUUUAGACUAAAAUGAU